CUUCAUCUUUACGUCUGCUGUCUGUCACUCCGCUCUCAGUUCAGAGAGUUUACAAUAUCCCUCAACCACAAUGUCUGAAGGAUUUAGUUCCGCUGAUGCAGUGAUGUCACAGUGAACGUAAACAUGUAAACACUAAGAAGAGUGCAAAUCAAAUGCAAGAGUCAUCAGGGUAUUAAACUUAUCUCAGAAUAUCUCUGAAGCAGAGAGCCAAAUAAGGAGAUGUUCUCUUUUAUUCAUCUGUAAUAUAAAGAACAGAACAAAUUAAAGUUUAAAGUUUAAUCAUUUCAUUAAAAAAAGUGGGAAUAAGGAUUCAAACUGCUUCCAAAAACUCUACUGAAAUACUUGCAUGUCACUUUCACAGCAAUGGAUACCAAACAUAAAGGUAAGAGUACAGAGAAAAUUUCAUAGUACCUUCACGUAUUUUAUAUUCCGUUUGUGGUAAAAACGAGGAAAGUCACAUUUUCAUGCAUAUUACAUUCAUUAGCCUAAGUCAGCCAGCUCAUACGCUGUAAAACUGAGAUAUAAGUUUAGCCCCCAUCUGGGCUCUGGUGUCAGUUCAUAUCACACCUGCACUCUCAAAAUUUCUACAUACAUCUCACAUUUCACACUCCAAAUUUCCUGUUCACUUCGGUCUUCUAACAACCUCUUGAUCCUUACAUCCAUAUGCAUCCCCAAAACAAUCUCUUAGCUCUAUGACAAUGUACAUCACUGCUAAUACAAAGUCUGCUUGUGGCUCCUACCUUUAAACAUUCAAGUUCUAUACUUAACAAAUCUCUUUUCCAAAGAUCCAUUUUAAUAUUAUCCUAUCCCAUUGUCAAAAUUACAGACUCUAUGUUUUUUUCCUGAAGAAGGUGAAGGUUACAAAGCAAGCAACUAAAUUCCCUACUGACAUGGAACUCAAUGUAAAUCACCAUGUUCCAAAAGCCACUGGCUGAACCUUAUACUGAGCCAGUUCAAUCUAAUUUACAUUUAUACAAACCAGCUCUGACCUCAUUGAGGCUAAUUUUCAUAUCAUCCUAUCUAUACCAAGGUCUCGUAAGUGUUCCCUUCCAUGUUAUGACACCGUGUGGCCUGGAAAAUGGGUACCAACAUUUUGAAAGAACAUGCAGACCUGAAGAUGGAAACAGUGUGCUCCUCUGAAACAUUGGUACCCACCUACCCCAGAGACCACAACAGGAAUCUUCAGUAUCAUGAAAACAUCAAACUGCAUGUGUCUCUUCCCAGGAGCCUCCCCCAAGAAAAGUGGCACUGAACAUUGCAAUGAAACGACUAAGUGACCCUGCUUCAUAUGCGAGAAGUCAUAGGCUCAACUCCAGGCACAGAGGCUACCUAUCCUGACCAAGCCUGUCUGCAGUUCUGGGGCCACACCCACUUCCAACCAUAAGUUACAACUAAUCUCCCAUCUAACACGACAAAGCCCAAGAAACACAAAUCCCAUUAACUGCCACAAUACUACAGAGAUACAAGUCAGACAGACAGAUCCAUUCAGUUGGUUCCCUGUGGAAAAGGAAGGACUUCAUUAAGCCAAUGGUGAGAGUGUGGUGACCCUCAUGCAUAUUAAGCACAGACAGAGCAACGGCUACACACAGCAGGAGGAGACCUACAUCGGAGACUUGCACAAGCCAACCAUUAACUGGCUGAACCAACAAUGAGAGUCAGGAAUGUGAAAGGGAUGCUGCUAGUGAUCUUGCUGCUCAGCCUCGGAGCGCAGGGACGCAGGGGCAGGGGUCGAAGCAGGCCAAAGAGCAGGAUGCAGAUCGGUCUUCCGAUAACGGGGAAGUAUCGGGACCAAGAUUCCGACCAGUAUUACAACAACAGUGAUGGAGCCAAGAUUUUGCUGGCAUCUCACUUUGACUAUGAAUACAUGUUGGGCCACAAGAUAGUGUUUGUCUGCGUGGCUAAGGGCACCCCUCGGCCUCACAUCACCUGGUUCAAAGACAGCAUUGAGCUUUAUGCACACUCCAACCUACAUGUCCAUGAAUGGAAAAUCAAGCCAGACAAAGUUAAGUCAAAGCUCGAGAUCGACCCGGCUGCACAGAUGGAUGCAGGACUGUACGAGUGUACUGCAGACAACAAGUAUUCUGUUGAUCGGCGAAGUUUCAAGACAGACUUCAGCAUUGCCUUCGACUGACUCUUCCCCCCUCUGCCCCACCUGCACACAUCCACACCAUUUCCUUGUCUCACAUAUAUUUCAAGUUAGGGUUUUAAAGCUCAACUGUAAAUCACAUUUAAGAGUAACAAAUGACUGUCGUGUUCUUCAAGACUGCAAAAUAUCAAUUUGCAAAGAUAACCUGCCACUGGGCCAAUUCAAUCCAUUCCACACAAUCAAAACAGGUUACUUAAAAUCGAUAUUUAAUAUUACUUUCUGGUAUCCAGUAACAGGAUAUUUAAACCAGACUUCCUCACAAAAAUUGUGUUGGUGUAUUCAACUGCACAGAAUUGUGUAGAAUGUUACAAUAGUCAUGAAUUCAGAAGAUCUGGAAGGAAGUUAUCAUGGCCCAGUUUGAGGCACUAUUCCUGCCUCUGCCAAGAGGGACUGAGGAAGAUAAUGAAAAUCCACAGUUAAGGUAGCCAGUUUUGAGGCCAUGAUAUGAACCACACAGCUCCUGACACCACAAUGUUUGGUAGAGUUUUCCUGCUUCCUGUAGAGCCCACUGUAUAACUGCAGCUUCAGAGAGUGAACACUUCCCCUCCCGUCUUCACAAUCCGCUGUGUAAUGCAGGCUCCAGGUUAAACUGGCAGCCUUCAGGUGUUCAAGUCACUGCCUAACUUCCUAGCUUACAAUUCUAUUUAAUACAAUUAAGCACACAACCAAAUGUCACAAUCUAUGAGCAUGAAAUAAAUGAUGUCUACAGACAA